AUGGCUCGUAUUUCUCAGUCCACUUCGGUCUCCCGCACUCGUGAGAAUUCCACAACCUCUUUCGAGGCAACUCCCUUCAGUGGAAGCCCCGGUGAGGUGGGAGUCGAGUUGGUCGAGAUGAGCCCCCCUGCGAAGGAGCGCAGGGCCACAAUAGAGGCACACCAGCCCGCCAAGAGCAUGUGCUUCCUUAAGGAGGAUUGCAAAUGGUGCAGCCACGACAAUGAUGUGCGGUCCAAGCAGACAGGGAAUCACCCUAGCGACGCUGUCGUUGCCUUGCGGCAGUGCCUGGCCGUCCUGGAGCGUGACCGCCGUGCUGCCGAGGAGAGACGUGUUGGAUUCCUCGCUCUUAUGGCGCGCUUUUUGUCUCGAUGUGAUGGAAUUGUUUAG